UUUAAAAAGCAGCAGCAGCCAACAGGGGUUCACAUUUUAGCUUGGCACAGCAAUCUUAGCCAGCACUGACUAAAUUAAAUAUAUAAUGUUUUGCUUCACUGCCACUGCUACUGCUACUACCUCCACCACUACCGCCGCCGCCGCCUCCCUUCCUUCCCGCUCCGCCCUACUUCACCAAAGAAGUUCUCCUCCUCCUUCUACCGCCGCCUUUUCUGCUGCUUGCUCUCAGUCGGGUUCAAUUGUGUGCAUUCAAGUCCAGCCCAAGUCGCAGCGGUCUGCUGCAGUCAUCAGAGCAAUGGCUGACUCUCAAACAAUUCUGAUGUCAAAGGAUGAGCCUCAGUACUCUACUUCUACUGGCAAUAAGCAAGCACUUAUUUCUUUAUCCGAUAAAAAGGACCUUGCUUUACUUGGUCGUGGACUUCAAGCUUUAGGGUACACAAUUGUUUCAACAGGAGGAACUGCAUCUUCGUUGGAAAGUGCUGGUGUAUCCGUCACUAAAGUGGAGCAGCUCACUUCUUUCCCUGAAAUGCUUGAUGGUCGUGUAAAAACUUUACAUCCCAAUAUUCAUGGGGGUAUUCUUGCUAGAAGAGACAAAAAGCAUCACAUGGAAGCUCUGAAUGAACAUGGAAUUGGUACCUUUGAUGUGGUGGUGGUGAACUUGUACCCCUUUUAUGAUAAAGUUACUUCAUCUGGUGAAAUUGAGUUUGAUGAUGGAAUUGAAAACAUUGACAUUGGAGGUCCUGCCAUGAUCAGAGCUGCUGCUAAGAACCACAAGGAUGUGUUGGUGGUUGUUGACUCUGACGAUUAUUCUGAGUUGCUAGAGUAUUUGAAAGGCAAUCAAGAUGAUGAUCAGUUCCGUAGGAAGCUUGCUUGGAAAGCUUUUCAGCAUGUAGCUUCUUAUGAUUCUGCAGUUUCUGAGUGGCUUUGGAAACAAACUGUUGGAGAUAAAUUCCCGCCCAGCUUUACAGUUCCUCUCUCACUCAAGAGUUCUCUUCGUUAUGGUGAAAAUCCUCAUCAAAAGGCGGCAUUUUAUGUUGAUAAGAGUAUUUCUGAGGUCAAUGCUGGUGGAAUUGCAACAGCUAUCCAACACCAUGGGAAGGAGAUGUCAUACAACAACUACUUAGAUGCUGAUGCAGCAUGGAAUUGUGUGUCAGAAUUUAAGAAACCCACCUGUGUUGUUGUUAAGCACACAAAUCCCUGUGGGGUCGCGUCUCGUGAUGACAUCCUUGAAGCCUACAGACUGGCUGUAAAAGCAGAUCCAGUGAGUGCAUUUGGUGGUAUUGUAGCCUUCAAUAUAGAGGUCGAUGAGGUUCUUGCAAAAGAAAUUAGGGAAUUCAGAAGUCCAACAGAUGGUGAAACACGCAUGUUUUAUGAGAUCGUUGUUGCUCCCAAGUAUACCAAAAAGGGGCUUGAGAUACUAAAGGGAAAAUCAAAGACGCUGAGGAUCCUGGAGGCAAAAAAGAAUGAAUCAGGAAAGCUUUCACUAAGACAAGUUGGGGGUGGAUGGUUAGCUCAGGAUUCAGAUGACUUAACCCCCGAAGAUAUUCAAUUCAGUGUCAUGACUGAUAAGACUCCGCAAGAAACCGAGAUUCAGGAUGCACAAUUUGCAUGGCUGUGCGUUAAGCAUGUGAAAAGCAAUGCCAUCGUAAUAGCAAAGGAUAAUUGUAUGCUCGGCAUGGGAAGUGGGCAGCCAAACCGUUUGGAAAGCUUAAGAAUAGCGUUGAGAAAAGCAGGAGAAGCAGUCAAAGGAGCUGCUUUGGCCAGUGAUGCAUUCUUUCCAUUUGCUUGGAAUGAUGCAGUGGAAGAGGCAUGUGAGGCUGGUGUUGGCGUAAUUGCGGAGCCAGGCGGGAGCAUCAGGGACAAGGAUGCUAUUGAUUGCUGCAAUAAGUAUGGGGUUUCACUGGUUUUUACAAAUGUGAGGCACUUUAGGCACUGAUAGAUUAAUCUCCUUUCCGACUUGUUUUCGCUAUUUUGAGUCGAACCUCGUGCAUUAAGAUAAGCGACACAGUUUCGAAAUUUUGUCAUAUAUCCUACUAUGGGAAUUACUGUACUUCAUUAGGAGGUGGCAUGAGCAUAUGCCAUCAUAUUGUGCAAUUUAGAAUAAGGUACUGUAACAUAUUGGUUUUAAUCUCUUUUCCUAAAUUCUGAUCUCAGCCUGUUACUCAUUACAUUCACCUGGUAUUUUUAUAUCUAGUCUGUUGUUUUACUUA